AUGGGCAUUCUCAAGGACCACGCAGGAUUUGCCGACAAGAUUCAUGGCGAAGUGGCAGCGUUGCCGGCCCCUCUCGCCAGUCACAUGGACGCAAGUAACGUGGCAUUAACUGGUUCGAUCACCACUGGGCGCGAAAGUAUGAAGCUUGCCGCGAAUAACCUCAAGAGCGUCACUCUUGAGACUAGCAGGAAGCUGCCCCUAAGCCCACAGGUGUCCAAGUUCCCAUAUGAACGAGUGCUGUCGUACAUUGAGAAGGGAAAGCAAAAAGUUGCAACAGUCAAGCUUGGAGGGAAGCCCUAUUAA